AUGCAGCAGCGCCGAGCAGCUCUGCAAGCGGCAGCGGAGCAGAAAGCGAAGGAGAGAGCGGCGAUGGCAUCGAAAAGCGCGGAGAAAUCGCCGACGCCGUCGAAGUCGCGAAGUCGAGCGCACAGACAUCGUCGAGCGGAAGAACCGAGCGAGCCGGUGGACCAGGAGUGGCAGAUGACGAUGGAGGACGAGAAGGAAUUCACACGGCUGUAUUACGAGCUGGGCGACGUGGAUUUGGAGACGCUGCGCGCGGAAAUGGCGGAUUGGGGCGCGGACGACGCGUCGAUUGACGUGAUAUUGCACAUGGUGCCCAUUGAAAACGAAUCGAAGGUGAAAGGAGUCGAGUUCUGUGUGGCGAUGUUUCUUUGUAAGAAGGUCGUGAAUGGCCGACUGCUUCCUCAGGAACUCCCUGCCGUUCUGCAAGACCAAAUCGAUCGCUUCUACGAAUUUUCUUCUUCGUCUUCUUCUUCGUCUUCGUCUUCAGAGAGUGAAUCGUCGAGCGAUUAUAGCUCGCGAUCUGAGCGAGCGAGCGACUACAGCGAUUACAGCGAAUCGGCUUCGAGUGACUACAGCGAUUACAGUGAUUACAACGACUACAGCGAAUCUUCUUCUUCUUCUUCCUCCAGCGAGUCGGAUGGAUUGGGAAGUCCCAAACCCGCUCUCAUGGCCAACGCCUUCGCGCGCAAAGGCCGCACCACCACGUCCAUCGCCGAGAAAACGUCCUCGAAAGCCAAGAAAUCGCCGAAGGAGAAAUCGCCGAAGGAGAAAUCGCCGCAGAGCGCAGGACCUGCGAGACCCAGCUGGAAAAUGCCCGAAGAGACGCGGCGGAAACUGGAGACCGAGGUAUUCCCGCGGUAUGCGGGAGAGGCGAAGGAGAUGAGCGUGUCGACGCUGCGAGAGACGUUCCGAAACGCGGGAGUGAGCGACGAGACGGUGCAGCAAGUGUAG